UCUUGUCGAAGACAUACGUUCACUAUGACAGAGAAGGAUCUCAAGGUUGACCCUGAACCCACUGCCCGCGACCUCGAUCUCGGCGAGGUGCUCGCCGUACAGGCGACGCCCGAGGAAGAACGUCGCGUGCUAUGGAAGUUGGAUUGUUUCCUGAUCCCCAUGAUGGGAUGGGCCUACUUCCUCCAGUUCCUCGACAAACUGGCCCUCAGCCAGGCUACGUUGUUUAACCUGCGCGAGGACUUGAACAUGCAUGGCUCGAACUAUUCAUGGACUUCGGCGGUCUUCUACUUCGGAUAUUUCUUCUGGAGCUGGCCCAGCUCUUAUAUCAUCGUGCGCUUGCCUAUUGGCAAAUACCUGGCCACUUCAGUGUUUAUCUGGGGUGGAAUCCUCAUGUGCCACGCAGCAUGUAAAAGCUUCGGCGGCAUCGUCACCGUCCGCUUCUUUCUUGGGGUCGGCGAGGCAGCGAUCGCGCCUGGGUUUACUUUGAUUACUGGGAUGUUUUAUAAACGAGAGGAACAGCCCUUGCGGCAAUCUGCGUGGUUCUUCGGCAAUUGUUUGGCGGUUCUGUUUGGAGGUCUGAUAGCCUUUGCCAUCGGCCACAUCGACACAACGAAGCUGCCGCACUGGCAACUUUUGUUUCUUAUUUUCGGUGCCAUCACCUCGGCCUAUGGAGUCUUUCUCUUUUUCGUGCUGCCCGACUCGCCUACCAAAGCCGUAUUCCUCAAGCCCAACGAACGCGCUAUUGCUGUCCAACGCACACUCAAAAACAAAACCGGUGUCCUGGAUAAUGAUGUGUUCAGAUGGGCUCAGGCUCGAGAGGUUGUGUUUGACCCCCAAGUGUGGCUUUUGGUUCUCUACACCUUUACGUCGAACUUGUGCAAUGGCGGAAUCACGACGUUCACCCCAAUCAUCACUGCUGGGUUUGGCUUCUCUGACUUGAAGGCGCUAUUGAUGCAAAUGCCUCAAGGCGCGGCCGAGAUCGUUUUUCUGAUACUCAGCUCGCUUGCCGCUACUUUUAUCCCCCAUUCUCGUCUCCUGUCCAUGGUUCUGAACACCAUUGUUGCAAUGAUUGGCAUGAUUCUCGUGUGGAAACUCGAUCCCAAUGAGCAAGUUGGACGUAUGGUCGGUCUGACUCUGGCCGUCGUCUACGCAAUUAACCUGCCUCUGUCUCUGAGUGUCGUCACUUCAAAUGUGGCUGGCUUUUCCAAGAAGAGUGUGGUUAGCGCUUCGAUAUUUAUAGCAUAUUGCGUUGGGAACAUCGUGGGGCCGCAAUUCUUUUACUCAUCAGAAGAGCCCACGUAUCCGACUGGCAUCAAAGCAGGCAUGUCCGGACUAGUCCUGAGCAUUUUCUUCGUUCUCUGUCUCUUCUUCUACUACAUCUGGGAGAAUCGCCGACGGGAUCGGUUGUAUGGCUCUCCUGAGGCAAUGACAGUGGGCGCAGAGCUACGGGAUGAGCUCUCUAACAAAACGGACCGAGAGAUCGAGAGUUUUCGCUACUUGCUCUGA